AUGGCCAAGGUCCGCCGAAACAGCGCCAUCACGGCGGCCGUCUGCUACUUCAUCGCCAUCAUCUUCCUCAUCCUCGUCAUCAUCGGCAACACCUCCAUCAAGCCCGUACUCACUGACAUUUACUUCUUCAAACUCGAUGUCUCCGACAUCAUCCCUCUCUCCUCGGCCAACGCCGUCCUCCUCAACUCCGUAGCGCGUAGCUUGGGACUCCACGACUUUUACCAAGUCGGUCUCUGGAACUUUUGUGAAGGCUACAACGAUGAGGGCGUCACGUACUGCUCAACACCCCAGCGGAUGUGGUGGUUCAACCCCAUCGAGAUCCUAACCAACGAGCUCCUCGCCGGCGCCACCAUCGCCCUCCCCUCCGAGGUCAGCACCAUCCUCAACAUCCUCCGCAUCGGCCAGCAGGUCAUGUUCGGCCUCUUCAUCGCGGGCAUCUCCCUCGCCGCCGCCCUCCUCAUCGUCACCCCGCUCGUCAUGCGCUCGCGCUGGUGGAGCCUCCCCAUCGCCAUCUUCGCCGGCCUCACGGGUCUCCUCGUCACCGUCGCCUCCAUCAUCGGCACCGUCAUGAGCGUCGGCGCCAAAAUCGCCCUCACCCAGCAGUCCGAGCUCAACAUCAACGCCGUGCUCGGCGUGCGCAUGUUCGUCUUCAUGUGGCUCGCCAGCGCCCUCGUCGAUUUGGCUGCUAUUCUUCACAUGGCUAUGGGCUGCUGCUGCUCUCCUAGGAAAGAGAGGGAGGCUGCUGCUGCUGCUGGUGCCGGCGGGGCGAACGGUACGCCGGAGAAGACGACCAACACGACCGAGAGCGGGGAGAAGUCGUCGAGGUUGCCGGCUUUUAUGAGGAAGCGCAGCCCGAGGUCGUCGACGUCGUAA